AUGGGGUCAAGGGGUCGCCAGCAGAGGCUUGUUGACGGGAGCGAGCUGCCCGUUAGAGAUAAUACCGGCAGCUCUAGCGUCCCACCUGAACCAUCACCUAAACCAUCACCGGUGAACGAGUCAAGUCAAGCAGUGAAACCUCAACAAAGCCGCAGUGUAAUUCCGCACGGGCCGAAGCCUAAUAUCGACCCUAUAACGCUGCGAUUAAUGCAUCAUUUCCACCACCACGUCUCCGGCAAACUUGCCUGGGUGGACGGUCCAACGAACCCAUGGCGGCAGGUGAUUAUACCUCUCGCCUGGUCUUCAGCAACAGUCCUCAGCUCCGUAUUGUCCCUAUCAUCCGAGGACCUCGCCGCCAAAUUCCCGCAAGAUCAUCCUCGCCGCCACCAAUUGCAAAGACUCUCACUGCGUCUCCGGAGCGAGGCCUUGAGAUCAUUAGCAAGUCAAAUCUCCCAAAUGAGACAACAAAACCCUUCAACGAGCAUUAAACCAAUCCAAACUCAAUCCGCACUCGCUUCCACCCUCAUCCUAUAUAACGUGGAAUUACUCGGCGCUCAAUCUGGUCAAUGGCGAGUUCAUCUCCAAGGCGCAAGAACAAUCCUCCAAUGGAAGGAACAAUCUUUCCCGCGCGCGGCUUUGUCCGAUGAAAUCGACUCAUUUCUUUUAUACGAACAAUACUUUGCCAGCGUUUUCGCCGGACUCACCAGUUUUGACACACCGCACGAGGCAGAAAAAGACAUCCAACACAUUGACGACACAGCCGUUCUGAGCGAUUUCAUAAACAUCAUGAAUCGAUUAACGCGCAUCGAAAGACUUCAAUACAACCAAAAAUACAAUGUCGAUCCGGCUCUCCUCGAAACAUUAAUUCAAGAACUGGAUGAAGCGAAAAUUCGAAUGGUCCGAUUAAGCGAGAUCUUCCAAUUCCAGACCGAAGACGCAAAACAAAGUUUCCUACAUCUUGUCAAUAUCUUCCAUGAUGCCAGUUUGAUAUACAUGUAUCAAGUAUUGACGGAUGAUCCGGCAGUAAAGGAGGGGCUUCAAUUGUUAAGAGAUGCAAUUCUGGGCCAUUCACAUUCCCUUUCUCAGAGCGGUUCUUUUGCGAAUGAUCUUGUAUGGCCUCUUUUCAUUGCGGGGACGGAGUGUCGAGGGGAUUGGGAGAAACAGGAAAUAGUCGUGAGGGAGCUUGAAGUUGUGAUGAGGGUCAGUUGGAACUUGGAUCGACGGAAGGUUCUGUCCUUCUUAAGAGAGUUCUGGGCCUUGGAAAGGGAAGGUACGGUGACUUGGAUACAAUUUAUGCGGGAGAAAGCGCCUGGUUCGACUAUCAUGAUUCUGUAA